AUGGCCUCGUCUGCUCUCCGCCGCACCUUCCUGUCCAGCUCAAGAACAGCCAUGUCACCCUCACAACGCCUCCAAGCUGUCCAAAGGCAAUUCUCGUCCUCAUCGCGACGGCCGAAAGAGAUACAGGAUGCAUACAUAGUCUCUGCUGUCCGGACACCUUGCGCGAUCUUCAAUGGGUCUUUCAGUACAGUCCCGGCGCCUGAGCUGGGUGCAACAGCCAUCAAGGAGGCCAUCAAACGAUCCGAUGUCCCAGCAGAGAAGUUCACGCAUGUCUACAUGGGCAAUGUUAUGCAGGCCUCCGUUGGUCAAGCACCUGCGCGACAAGCUGCAAUCUUCGCCGGACUCUCGCCUUCAGUGGAAGCCACAACGAUCAACAAGGUCUGCGCGUCUGGCAUGAAAGCUGUGGCAAUCGCGGCGCAACAGGUAGAGCUUGGACAGGAAGAGGCGUUGAUCGCUGGAGGCAUGGAGAACAUGAGCAGAGUGCCGUACUACACACCGCGAGGGCCUCAAUUGCCUGCGUUCGGCAACAUGACCAUGGAAGACGGCUUGAUGAAGGAUGGUCUUUGGGAUGUCUACAAUCAAAUACACAUGGGCAAUUGCGCGGAGAACACAGCCAAGAAGCACGACAUCAGCAGAGAAGAGCAGGACGAGUUCGCGAUAUUGAGCUUCAAGCGUGCACAAGAAGCUUGGAAACGCGGCGACUUUGCAGAGGAGAUUGUGCCAGUGACUGUCAAGACCAGGAAGGGCGAGACAGUAGUGGCAGAGGACGAAGGAUAUGGCAGAAUGAAGCUGGACAAGGUCCCAACACUCAAGCCAGCAUUCCAGAAGCAGGGUGGCACUGUUACAGCAGCAAAUAGCUCGAGCAUGAACGACGGCGCCAGCGCACUCGUCAUCACGAACAAGGAGCUGGCCAAGCAAUAUGGUGGUGGCAAGAGGAUCCUCGCGAAGAUUGUCGCAUAUGCCGACGCAGCAGUGGAUCCAAUUGACUUCCCAGUUGCGCCAGCGAAGGUCGUUCCGAUCGUCCUCGAACGAGCCGGCAUCACUGCCGACCAAGUGAAGGUAUGGGAGUUCAACGAGGCUUUCGCAGCGGUCAUCAAGGCCAACGCGAAGAUUCUCGGACUAGGCAUAGAUAACGUCAACCCACGUGGUGGCGCUAUCUCCCUCGGACACGCCCUUGGAAGCUCUGGCGCGAGGAUCUUGGUGACGCUGCUUCAUCAGUUGAAGAAGGGUGAAUAUGGUUGCGCUGCGAUUUGCAACGGAGGAGGCGCGGCGAGUGGCAUGGUGGUGCAGCUUGUGGAUGCGGACGAACUAUAG